CAGAUCAGGACUAGUGGGGGAGCAUUAAUUAUUUUCAGGGCUAAUAAGUCCCAGGAAAUGUUCACUAACAAAGUAUCUAGUCACUGACUAAACUGGCUGGUUUCUCAACAUAGUCUGGCUCAUUUUAACUUAAUAUAGCGAACUCUUUGUUCAUAGACCUUAAUCUGUUGCCAAAAAUGUUUGUACGUUAUGUUCCCACUUCACAAGGAUUUCUGGUCAAAACUGUGCACCCACAUCCUCCUAAUGAUCUGAGUGUCCAUCAAAACAAGGAUUUUUGGUCUCCUUAUAAAGGACCUCUCUGUCCAGGAACAUCCCUAAUGAGGUAUGGAAAGGCACUUACUACCCAGACACAGACAUUCCGCUGGUGUGAUAACCGCAGACGGAAGUUUUCUCUGCCUCCUGGAAACGAAGCCAAGCUUUCUCCUCUCAGGAGCCAUGAGGAUUGCUGUCUUCCUCUGUACCAUUCUUUUCUCUAUGAGCCAAGUUCCACCAGCCAGGGGCAAAUUCAAGGAGAUCUGUGAACGUCCAAAUGGCGCCUGCCAAGAAUUCUGCCUCGAAACAGAAAUCCAUGCUGGGAGAUGUCUAAAUGGCAAGGUGUGCUGCCUGCCCUUGGGAAAGCAACCACAGAUCGACCCAACGACACCCACUUUGUACUGAGGCCUUUCAGAGGGUCUUGCUUGUUUGGCUGUUUCAUUCUCUGGUUCUCCAUCUCCAUCUUCCAUGCUCUGACUUGUCUUUCACAGGGAUUCUCACUGAGUCCUCAAUAAAUAAUAAAGAAGCACCUGCAAACCCAAAGCCACUGUGCAUACCCAUGUGCUCUAUUUUGCUG